GACCGGAUGUUGAAGGUCGGGCUAUCCACUGUCAUGCCAGGGCCGAAAUACAUGACAUUGUCGCGACUCAUGGUGGGAGCUGUCUGCGGGUGGCGAGCGCUCGUGGACGGCUGCAGUCCCUGUGGUGAGAUCCUAGGAGAUGGAUCAAUUGAUCAGUAUGCAGAUCUAGGCUCGAAAACAUAUGGCUUACUUGCUCCGGUUGCCCCCUCGGAGUCAAUGUUAAAUGUAGGUGACCCAACAGACAAUUGUUGGUCGAAUAUCAUGCAGUUUGUGUCGCCAGGCGAUGCAAGUGGACUUCUCUCCGCGGAUGGGAUGCACGUACCUGCGGAGGUGCUCCAGGUUGUUUGUUGGACUACAGGAAUACUGGCGGAGACUACAGAAUUGCUUGUGCCUGUUAAAAGGCCGGGAGUGCUCGGGUACGAGUCAGAUGGGUCGGGAUCAAUCAGCGCGAUGGAUGAUUUGAAAGAUUCGGGGGUAGCUAAUUUACGGCACUCAGUCUUGAGCUACAACAACGGUAGACAGCGCCUACCUAUAGCUGCUGGAGCUCUCAUGAAUUCAUCUUGUUUGUAUUUGAUGAACACCCUCUGUAAACUGUUAUUAAAAUAG